AUGUGGUGGCUAACGCUUAAGCAGAGAAGCGGUUCACGCAUCUCAUAUGAUGGCAAGGAGUUAGACUUGGUGGAACAGUUCAAAGACAUGCUUGCAGGUGGUUUUAGUGAGGGAGUCAUUAGAUGUACCCAUCUCACGGUGUCUAGUGAUUUCCUUACCCUGCUAAAAGAAAGGCAACUAUCUGACCCCAAGCUUCAGAGGACGAUAGAGUUACUUCGCACCGAGAAGGCCAAGGACUUUGUGAUAGGGGGUGAUGGGGUGUUGAGAUUCAGAGGCAUGGUCUGCAUACCUGAAGACUUAGAGCUGAAAGGUAUGAUUCUUGAGGAAGGGCACAAGAGCCAUUUUAGCAAGACCCAGAAGGCUAAGGCAGAGCAUCAGAGACCGGGAGGGAUGCUACAACAGCUUGAGAUACCGGAGUGGAGAUGGGACAACAUUGCUAUGGACUUUGUCACCCAUUUACACGGACCUGAGAUCGUGAGGUUGCAUGGUGUGUCGUCGAGUAUAGUCUCUGAUAGAGACCUACGAUUCACCUCCCGCUUCUGGCAGACGUUGCAGGAUGCUAUAGGUAGUAGGUUGGUUGUGAGCUCUGCUUAUCACCUCAGACUGAUGGGCAAUCCGAGAAACCAUCCAGUCUCUUGA